UGCUCUCCUCCUCCGGGUAUCUAUGUAAAUUCCACUGCCAGCAGUCUGGUGUCCCAGGUCUGGCGCUUCCUUGGCUGUGGACACGAAGAGGUUACUCCAGCCCUGGAGCCUGCUGGGCUGAGUUAGCAUUUCCCCUUCACAUCCAGGAGCUCUUCAAGUAAUGGCCCCCUUUGCAUCAGGGAAAGGGGAUAGCAGAGCAGGCUAGGGACACCGCUGCAGUAGGUCGCAGCAGGGUUUCUGCCAGCAUGUGUCAUCGCGUGGAUCCCCACUGUCAGGCCAGGCGGCCGGGAACUGGAAGGCAAAGGCAUCCGGAGGAGUGAAGGAUGAGCCAGCGACGCCGGUGCCCCCUCAGCUGCAGAGCGUCUGUCCGCUGGAACUGCUGCUGCUGCUGCUGCUGUUGCUGCGCACGCCUCUCGCUGUCUCCCCAGGCUGCAGCGGCCCCUGGGACCCAGAAACCGGACUGGAGCUGCAGAGAUCCAGCCAAGGACCCAGGAGCCUCGGACUGCCGACUGUGAGGCAGCUCCCCAGGGAGCCUGGGCAGCGCUUUGCUAGCUGCCGGUGCGGAGCUGGAACCCUCUCAGGACAGUGUGGCUGAGAGGCAAUCAUCUCUUCCCCAGUCACCGGAGCGACCCAUCCGCAUCCAGGCUUCUUUCUAGGGCAGAGGAAGUAACUCCUAUUGGGGCAGCUUAGGUUGAGCUCUACAGCUAAGGCUUGGACACCACCCCCCUCGUUUGUAGAGCCUUCGGAGUCAUUUCUCACCUGCCAGGUUUGAGAAAAAAAAACCCAAAAACCAAAAACCAAAAAAACAAAACUGCAAGAACAGAGCAGAGUGCAGAGCCUUGUAAACUUUGGAGGCGGGGAUUUUUUUCCUGAAGGGGACAAGUGGUCCCAAAUCUACCACUGUUCUCGAGCUAGUGGCAAAGCCUGUUGGUGGGACACCAGCCACAAGGCCACCAACAAGGACCUACGACCGACCGCCAUGGAGCCCAUGUUGACAGCAUCCAGCUCCCCCACAGGCCGGGUUACCUUCUCCCGUGUCUUCGGCCAACAGUGCCAGCUGAUGGAAGCAGCUGUGCAGUCAUUGCACACCCUAAAUGACCAGAUUUCCCAUUUCAUUGUCACCAAGUCGAAGGCACUGGAGGAAGAUGAUGACCCCUUUCUACCCUCGGAGAAAGAGACACUGAAGAACUCGAUGAUAUUGAUGAGACAUCUCUUAAUGGAUGCCCAGCCAUCACGGGGUGAACAGUCUCCUCCACCUCUCAUUCCUCGCCAUGAUGUUCGGAGUCACCACAGGCCCAAAAGCUACAGACCCAAACAACCACGGACCAAAAACAACAGUCAAAAUAAAGUUUUCCUCCUUCUAAGGGGUCAACCUAUUUCUCCUAAACGGAGCAGAGCCUCCCACCCGCUUCCUUGGCACUCCCUUGCGUCUGGAGGAAAAUGUAGCUGA